CGACAGAGGGCAGUAGUACACCGGUGUGACAUCGGCCCUGAAGUCCAUGAAGAAGAACAAGGGACGCUCGAGGGCAGCCACUUCUUCGUGUGUUUACCGCCUAACAAAACGAGGAAGGAGCUCUACAGAAAUGGACCCCAAAUCAGGUAAAGCGGAGUCGGGGUUGCAAAAUCCCGCCGGGCAGAUGGACAAACCAAACUUCCAGACUUUGGAAAGCAUGCUUCCCAAAGCAGUCAAGAGGCGAGUACAUGCCUUGAAAAGGCUUCAGGUGCAGUAUGCCAACAUUGAAGCCAAAUUUUAUGAGGAGAUCCAUGAACUGGAGAGGAAGUAUGCUGCCCUUUAUCUUCCACUUUAUGACAAGCGUCAAGAAUUCGUCACUGGCACAGUGGAGCCAACAGAAGAGGAGUGUGAAUGGCACAGUGACAAAGAUGAGGAAGCCGAGAUUUCUGAGGAAAUAAAGGAAAAAAUUGCAAUUGAUGCCACUAAGAAGGAGGAUGCUGCACCAGUGGAAGACCCGAAGGGCAUCCCAGAAUUCUGGCUCACCAUAUUCAAGAGUGUAGACAUGCUUAGCGACAUGAUCCAAGAACACGAUGAGCCCAUCCUCAAGCACCUGAGAGAUAUUAAAGUCAAGUUUUCUGAGCCAGGACAGCCUAUGAGUUUUACAUUAGAGUUCCACUUUGAGUCCAAUGGCUACUUCAACAAUGCAGUCCUCACUAAAGUCUACAAAAUGAAGAACGAGCCUGACUCUUCAGAUCCUUUCUCUUUUGAAGGCCCAGAGAUUAUUGACUGUGAGGGGUGUCAGAUAGAUUGGCACAAGGGGAAGGAUGUGACAGUAAAAACUAUAAAGAAAAAACAGAAGCACAAAGGCCGCGGUACUGUCCGUACAGUCACUAAACAAGUUCCCAACGAUUCUUUUUUCAACUUCUUCAACCCUGUCAAAGCAUUGCCCGAAGGUGAAAUGGACGAAGACUCUGAGAUCACCCUCAACACUGACUUUGAAAUUGGCCACUUCUUCCGUGAGAGAAUAGUUCCCAGAGCAGUGCUGUAUUUUACUGGAGAGGCACUGGAAGACGAUGACAGUUUUGAUGAAGAGCUUGAAGAAGGCGAUGAGGAGCAAGAUGGUGAAGGUGAUGACUACAGUGAUGACGACGACGAUGAUGACGACGACGAGGAAGACUUUGACCCUCGGGCGUAAUCAAUCAUUCUCACCCCAUGCAUUUCUAGAAAGGACAGCCCCACCCUGCCGAAUGCAAGCAGCAGUAGCCGCGACGACCAGUGGACAUGGAAAACCUGCUGUCCAGUCAGUCCUUUCUUCUACGAACUCAUUUGAACGCAAUAGGAUGCACCCCAAACUGCGUUUUUUUUAUUACGUGCAUGACUUUAGUUUUUUCUGUGAUCCCCCUUGUUGCCCCUCCUUGAACCUCCAAGUAGAGGUGACCAGGCCACACAGUUUGCUGUCUUUGGUAAGGUGGAGUUGGUGCAUUACUGCCAGGAACCUCAGCACGUCAUAGGAAUAACAAAAUCCAAACUUUAGUUGCCAUGGAAACAAAUCUGUUACUCAGGGUUUUUUCUCAUCAACACAAGAAUUGACUCGACCAGGAAAGUGACUGAUGGGAGUUAUAGUUUAUCACUUUAAUUUACACUUGUUGUCAUUCUCAUGCCAUGCUGGUCAUGUAUUUAUGCUGGUGUGAUAUGCGAUGCAGUUUUGGAAGUCUCACGGCCUCUCGGGGGGGAGGGAACUGUUCCGUUCUGGUUUGAACCGUUAAGGGAUGCUCUUCAACACUUUUAAUGGCGCUUAAACAAGCAUUUAUAUACGAGCACUUGAAUGGACAAAAAUGUCACACGGAAGCUUUUUCAGCGUCCUCCAACGUCCUGAUUUUCCUGGUUAUGUUGAAUAUUUCGCCGCAUUGAUGAGGAUGUUCACGAACUGUCCGAACUAUGACCCUUUAGCUGUGAUGUCACUUAUAUGAAUGGUGACAGCAGGCAGCUUGUUUGGAUCUCGACAAAGCCAAAUUGAUUGUUUGCCAAUACUGCUCACACGUUCAAACAUGUUUGUUAUUGUGUGUUUAAUUGAAAACACAUUGCCAAUGCAUUUUGUACCACCAUUUUUAGAUUUUGCGUUUGGUCGUACUGCCAACAUUAGGUCAGCUAAGUAGUAAACUAACCCGACCCGCUUUACUCAUGGUCUUUAGUAUCUGGUUGCAAGGAUUUGAGCCGGGCGUGGGAUCCUGUAACGUACCACAUGGCGUCCUGUGCUACAAAUGGCCUUACCGGUUUAUUCACAAUUAACUUGGGUAAUUAUUUUCAAUUUGUACAGAUUUCAAAUAUUCUAUUAAAGUUGUGCACCAUUAAAA